AUGGAAGCCAUCGAAGAUGGCCUGCACUCAAUGUCCGAUAUUAGACCAUCGGCUAGGAGCACGAGUCAGACGGCUUCCCUCAGCUCCAGCCAAGACCAUCAGCUCAAACUCUCUGCCGGUCAAGUCGCAAACCCGGCCAUCACGGACUCUCAGCGUCAGCUCAUGCUCUCCAAUAUCUUAAUCAUCGUCGGCAUCAGGGAUAACGAGUACGGUGUCAGACCAUUUCGGAUGAUCGUCAGCCCAUUCUUGGUUAUCCGCCUUCCCUCAAAUAACUCUUCGGUCCCCUCCAAACCUCAACUGAUCAGAAACUUGGUCUUCGACCUGGAAGCGAUGUCGUACAACAGGAUUUUCAUCAGGAUUCAGACUGACUUCUGGGACCCACUGACGUUCAAGAAUACGAUGGCCUCAGAUAUCCCCAUCGUCCAUGUCAACGGUCAACCACAAAUUAGAUGA